GAAGUAUUACGUCAGCUCUGUGCCUUACAGACAGUGGCCCAGCAGUGCAAGGAGAUGAAACUCAACCAGGACUUGCAGCAAGCCAAGAACGAUUACGAUGGUCUACGGGCAGAACUUGACAACGCAAUAGCAGUGAAAGACCAAUUGGAAAACAACUCCAAUGAGCUUGCACAGAAGUUGUGCAGAGCAGAAGAGGCUUUACUGGCAAGCCAGUCAAAGGAAAAUGAGUUGAGGAGAAACUUUGAGGAAAUGAAGAAGGAAAAAAACCUUCUUUGCUGCCAGUCUGAUGAAAAAUCACGAAAAAUCCAUCAGCUGGAAGAAGCACUAAAAAUAGCCCAGCACCUUCUAAAGGAGACCCAGAAGAGCGCUGAAGAGAUGAAAAAUCAGAGUUUGUUUCAGAAAAGAGAAUUGGAAGCACAAGAAGCCGAGCUUCAACAUCUAAAAAUCAACAAUAAAUUGCUCCAGGAUUCAAUCCAGGAGCUACAACGUGAAAAUGGAACCCUUAAGAAUAAGAACAAGGCUUUAGAAGAAGAAAAAUUGGACAAUCUGAAGUCUACAAUUCAACUGAAGAAGCAAAAUGGAUUUGCUUGCAGUGAGACGAAGACGUGGAGGAAAUCCUGUGCUGAUGAGGUUGCCAUCUCCCUACAUGAGAAUGAGCCAGAGUAUGAACUAGACGGACUCCCAGAGGUGGUGAAAAAAGGGUUUCCUGCUAUUCCUAUUGUGAAAACCGACCCUUACAUUUUAUGCAGAACAACUUUUAACCUAAGGACCAGUCCCCGUCUUGCUGCCCAAAGCCAAAAAUUGUCACCGGGUUCCCAACUUUUACGAAAAGGCAGGUCAGAUAAUCUUGGGGAGAUCUGUAAACCGACAGCUGGUGGCAGCAAAUCACAAAAGGUAGAUGAUACUCAACAGUGCCAAGCAGAAACAGCUAUUGAACCCAUGGAAUCUAGUUCAAGAUCUCUUGGCAUAAAUGAGCAACCCAGAAAAACUGUUGCUCAGACCUCUAGGGAGAAUAUUAACACUCACAAAGGCAGAUGUUCCUUGAGCACACAAACAUCACCUGAGCAAAAUGAAGAAGGCAAAAACUGUAUAAUACUGUAAACCUGAGU